UCCGAGUGCCAAGGAAGAAAGCCUCUUGACAAAUGAGCAGAACUCUUUUUCAGUAAAAUUUGUGCCAAUUUCUCCCGAAAGCGUGAUCUGGAAUCAAAUUAAUUUCUUUUAACCUCUUCCGACGAGAGAAAAAACUGUCGCCAAUUAUGAAAAGCAAGCCAUUGGGAUUGUAUUUUGGUGCCUGACGCAAGAUACGCGCGCUUACCUGCAUUUAAAAGUGUUUUGAGUUUUUUUCUCACCUGUGCUUCACGUGGCAGCAAGCUCCCAGUGUCUGGAACUUUACUUCUAGCAACAAUUUGUUGCUCCAGGCUAUGUGGGAAAUGAGCACAAUGGAAAGAAGAUACUCGGUACCCCCGAGUACCCUGUCUGACCCGUCUGGAAGGUACCACACGACAGAGGACCUCCACGCUUGGAGCAUCUACAGACAGAAUCUCAACUCCGACUUCACAGACAGCGCUCUUGACACAGGCCACAAGUCCCAGCCUCCGUUCGGCAACUUUCGUCUGCGGGAGAGCACAGUACAGACCAUACUCAACCACCCCAAGUACGGUCCCAGGGAGAGAAACUCCGAGCUUGGCAACAACGUCUUCACCUACCUCCGCUUUGGGCUUCCUCGAGUCCUGCCACAUCCUGCUGCCACACAUAACUCCAAAGCCGCCGCUCUCCGCAACGGAUCAAGUGGCUACGACUCCAGCGACGACUCGCCAGCACUGGGAGGACGUAGGCAGCGUCUGGCACGCAGCGACCCGGACUUCAGGGACCGGAUUAUCCCUGUCGGCUCAUCCCAGACAUGCUCACCAGACCAGGCUCUGCCACGACUGAAAGCCGCAUGCAGCGAAGCGGACCUGCUAUCCCCAGACUCAGGAAGGUUACGUACACGACAGCAGGCACUCAGGGCACGAGAAGAGACCAGAGAGGGUUUCAGAAGGGACCCUAUGCCCGGAAAUGGACAUGUGCCAGGUUCGAAGGCCGGAUCUCAUCUGUCCGUGCAUUCGCGAAUGUCACCGGAUAAUCCUAACAGGACCCCGACAAAGACGACCUCAGAUGGCUUCUACCAACCAGAUGCCAAUAUGCUCAAUGAGCGCUUCUUUCCGAAAGACAGUCACUUCUCCACAAUACCACGGGAGGGGGCUGGUCCCCGUCACCCCCAUCUCCAAGUGAGGGAUCUGAGCUACGAGAUGGACAUGUCCUCUGCUUGGCACACGCUGUGCGGAGGUGCGCGAACCAAGCUUCGGAUGCUGGAAGGAUUGUCCUUCGAAGUCCGGGGUGGAGAAAUCCUUGCCAUCAUGGCCACCACUGAAAGUGAAGGCACAGCUCUCUUAGAUAUUCUGUCAAACAGGCAUCGAAAAUGGCGCUGUCGUUUACGUGGUGAGUUUCUUGUUAAUGGAUUGUAUCUACCACCGAAGAGACUACAACGUUGCGUAGCGUAUGUUCAACGGUGCACACAUCAGGGUGGACUGCCGGAUAUGAGUGUCCGACAAGCACUUCUUUUCACAUCUCUUCUCCAGGAGCCGGAUAACAGUCGGGGAUUUGACACGAAAAGUAGGAUCAACGCACUCCUAGAGGAUCUUGGCCUCGGGCAAGUGAAACACACUCGCGUGUCGGAUCUGACGGAGUCGGAAAAACGUCGUCUCGACGUUGCAUCUCAGCUGUUGCUCGACACCGACAUCGUUUUGCUGGACCAACCUACUCGAGGGAUGGACAUCUUCGACACCUUCUUCCUGGUUGAAUAUCUUCGGCAGUGGGCUGCACGAGGUCGAAUUGUUGUUAUGACUAUCCACCCGCCCACUUAUGAGAUAUUCACGAUGAUAUCGAGAGUGGCGAUGAUUUCCACCGGUCGCAUGCUGUUCUUCGGAAAGCGUCGUGACAUGUUGCCUUACUUUGCUUACAUCGACUUCCCCUGUCCAGCAUAUAAGAAUCCAUCAGAUUACUAUCUGGACUUGGUGACUUUAGACAAUUUAUCGGCCGAGGCUAUGUUGGAAUCUAGCCAACGAGUUGAAAACUUGGUGGAAAUUUUCAGACGAAGGCAAGAACCCCUGGCAGAUCCUGGUCCGCCUGGUGUGCCACCAGCGUUGGUGAAGAGAGCAAAUCUCUGCACGCAAAUACUCACUUUGUGGAUACGAGCGCUUAUUUACAGCUUCCCUUUCAAUGUCGUUCAUUUUUGUGGUGAAGUGUUUACUGCUGCUUUGAUGUCCGUCCUUAUAGGAGCCAUAUAUUGGAAUGUUCGAUCUGGUAGAGAACAAGAACAUGUACACGAUCGCCUGGGAUUCUGCUACGUCAUGCUAGCUCUCGCCCCUUGGCCUACACUUCUCUGUACGCUUGGCAAUGCAUGGAAGGAGAAAGCUACUGUUGUUUGUGAUACAAAAGAAAGGUUGUAUCACAAAUUUACAUAUGCCAUUUGUAAGCUGACGUACAGCUUAGUUCCAGCAGCAGCGGUGGCCGUUGCAUAUGCAGUUCCAGCUUAUUCCAUGGCCGGUCUUCAGACCACUUCUCGGGUCCGUCCCUUUGGCAUCUACAUUGGCUACAUGAUUCUUUACAUGCUGACGAUGCGGAUGCUAGUUCUGGCUUGUGCCUGGGCUAGUCCAUCUAAAGGUGUAGCAUCAGCAUGGGCGGGACUCGUUGCCACUAUCUUGUCCCUUGCUGCUGGUUACACAGUUCAUCUUGAAGACAUUUCGACCGCUUUCUCCUGGUCUCAGUGGAUUUCGCCAACGCACUGGGUUUACCGCCAGUUGGCCCAGAACGAGUUUAACGCCACCCUUGGAGAUGAAUUGUACCGGUACACAUGCAGCCAUAAUCCAGUCGUUCAGCAAGAAAACACCAUUUUAAUGAGGGCCGAAUGUGGCUUGGUAACUGAUGAAGAUGCUCUCAAGUAUUAUGGUAUGCAAGAAAAAUGGCCGCUGUACCAGCCCAUAAGUAUAGUUGUUGUGUUCCAUGCUGUGUGCCUCGUAUUCGGGUUGUUUCUGUUUCUGACUCUCAGUCAAUCUAAAAAGAGUCGUUCUGAAAAAGAGCGUUCUUGAUUUGCUUGAAAAAAUGAUCAAGAUUUAUCAAGAUAUGAUCUUGUUCAAUAUUCCUUUUUGAAACAUUGUGCCACAUCUUCACUGCUAGUUACUUUUCAUGUGAGCAUUAAGAAAAAAUAACCACCAGUGCCGAAAGAACUACUUAAAAAUUAUUAAUCGGCAGAAAAUAUAUUUAUAUAUAUUGUAUAUGUGAGUUUUUACUCGCGAAGGCAAAAAGUCAUAUGUUUUUGGAGGUAGUGAAAAGGUUUUACAACGGAAAUUUGUUAUUAUAUGUAUUUUUUCGACGAUUAGGAUGAAUUCCUUUGAGCUGCCAUUUUAGAAUUUUUUUUUUUUUUUUUUUUUUUUUUUUUUUUUUUUUUUUUUUGACGGUGUUAAAACCUUUGUGUUAAUUUAUUCUGAGAAAUAAUUUAGCUUUUUUUAUCUUAGAUAACGAAAAUAUUUGAAAAACUUUUAAUUUAAACCUGGAUUUUUUAAAUUCAUUUUUGGUUGUUUUACGACAAUGUGAAAUUUAUUUUUCUUCACAACAUUUGUUACAAAAAGGACUUUUAUGUUAUAAUUCUCCGAAACCCAAACUACUAAAAUCACAACUGAGUCGUUUUACAUGCAUCACUCCUUUUUACGUAUGAACAAAAUGCUUAUUGUUUCUGAUAUAAACAGCUAUUGUGUUGUGCCAAAGUGUAGCUCUUAAGCCCUCAUAUGUCUUUAUAACUGAGAAAAGAAUCAUGAGCUUAAAGCUACUCGAUGUCGCUGUUAAUAUUUUAUUAUGCCAGGUACAUAGUGUUGUUAGUGUGUUAAAAAACAUUCCUGUUUGGUCUUUUCGUUAUUUAACCAAUUGUAUGUAUUGAAUACAGCAAUAAUGCUGCCAAUCUGUAAAUAAAUCUUAAAUGUUA